AUGAGAGGAGGCGGCGGGGAGUCCGCAGGAUGCGGCGGCGGAGCGGGCGCGGCCCCGGCCGGCCAAGGCGCCCAAGACGGGAGUAGCAGCAGAGGACGCGGCGUCGACGCGGGGCCCGCCUGCCCGGUGGAGGGGCCGGGAGGCGGCGGGGGCGGCCGGAAGGGGGGGGGCCGGGGCCCCGCGGGCCUCGCGCAGCUCCGCCGGAGAGCAGGCGAAGAGCCGGGGCCCACGCGCGCCUCUUAUAGCCGGGGCGCCCCGUUGCGCGGCGCCCGCGCGGGCCCCGCUGGCCACUCGCCCGCGCCAAUGGGCGCCCGCGGGGACCCGAGCCCCGCCCCCGGCCCGCCCCGGCCCCCGAGCCGGAGGGUGGGGGCCGAACUAGCCGGGGAGGUGGUGGUGGUGGUGGGGAAACCUGUCCAGGCGGGUCGGAGCCAGCGCCCUGGGGCGCGUCUACACGGCUCGCCUUUGGGACCCACCCAGAUCAGUCUCAUAAAGAUUGCGCGCCGGACUUGCGUAGACGCGGGCUCAGCCCCGGGGCCCACCACCACCACCAUCACCAGGGUCAUUCUGCGGGUCUGGGGGGGGAGUGGAGAGGUCAGACUGCAGCCGAGUUUGCACACGGGCAGAAGCCGCUGGGACUUCUCACCAAGUCCGAACCACGCACACCAGCGCCCGUGCGCGCGCGCGCGCCCCCUGCCCGCCCCGCGGACCCCGGGAGGUCGGCGCUCGCUCUCCGAGGGGAAGGGGCCCCGCGCGCCCCGCUCCGCCAUCAAUCACGCCCCGCCGCCCACUUGCCUCCCCAGGCCUCGGGCCCCAAGGGCUGGACGCGCCGUGCGCCCCACCGCACCCCGCGCGCCCUGCCCGGCCACCGGCCAGGGCACAUUCCCCACCAUCGUGGGCUCGGCCCGGAGCGAGGAGGGGACCCGCGCGCUGCUGCUCGGGGCGCCGGCGCACUUAAGCCCUGGCGCGUCGGCGGCGGCGGUGGCGGUGCGGGGCGCGCUGCGGGCGGGCGCUCACCGAAGCGGAGGGACGCUGGAGCCGGAGGCUUGUCCCGGGCGCAGGAGGAGCCGAGGAGCCGAGGAGCCGGCGGCGAGCGGGCGGAGGACGGGGCUGGAGGCCAGAAAGAGUGACGCUGUGCCCUCCUGCGUCCCUCUGGGGACCCCGUGUCUGAGCCGCACACCCCCCCAGGGGUGCCUCCCAGAGGACUCCCAGCAGCCUGCACAUUUUCGAGGACCCUGCAAGGUAGGCGGGCAGGACUGGCGGGCUGAGCUGAGCCGAGGGGUGGGUGACCCUGCCACCGAGUCCCAUCCCAGGCUGCCACUGCGGCCCUUACCUUAUUUAGUCAAAAGUGUGCUCUGCCUGCGGUAACAGGCAUAUCCGGGUCACUCUGGGUUCAGAAAAGAGUA